GUGGAUGAUCACAGCUGAUGCUGCGAGUGCGAGGAGCAAUUUAUUGUGACUUCCAUCAGGUCGGAAUGAAAAGCGGCCAAGCAGAAGGGACAAGGACGCUGAAAUAACUCAAGGGAGGACGAUAAAGCUCAUCUGAGAUGCUCGACCUUCUUCUCGUCCAGACAUUUCUCAGCAAAGGAUUUGCGUCGUUUGUUUGUGCUUUAAUGCGCCCGUCUCGCUCUGUUCUUAUAACGAAAAAAAUCAGUUUGGCACUGAACUAAGUCGAAACAGAUGCAACGGUUUUACGAACCGCGCAUACAGAGAGACAUUCGCAGGAUUACCAAAACCUCAGAGAGUGUCAGUGCAUGACACUGUCCAGCAGUGAGAUCCUCAUCUGAGAAGCACAGGGGAGACAGCUGCUCCCACAGACUUCAGGACUUUAUAAACUAGCCAUAUACGAGCAUAUGAGUGCAGCUUACAGUACACCGUUCAUGAUGAUGCAGCGUCCGGUGGGAAGCACCACUGCAUUCAGCAUUGACUCGCUCAUCGGAGGUCCACCGCAGCCCAGUCCGGGGCAUUUCGUGUACACGGGCUAUCCCAUGUUUAUGCCCUACCGGUCAGUGGUGCUACCUCCUCCGCCACCGCCACCUCCUCCAACUCUUCCUCAGAGCGCGCUCCCCGCAUCCCAUCCGCACCACCCGAUCCCGGGCUUACCCAGCGGGUUCUGCUCCAGUCUGGCGCAGGGCAUGGCGCUCACAUCCACGCUAAUGGCCACGUUACCCGGCGGCUUCUCCAGCUCGCCGUCUCAGCAGCACCAGGACGCGGCGAGGAAGCUGAGCUCUCAAUCCAUUCACGCCAUGUUUGAGAAAUCUCAGGAUAUUCGUUUGGACGGAGAGGAUGGGAAAACGUUCCCAACGAAAGAUUCAACGACCCUUCCAUCAUUUCACGACUCGCACACCUCUACAGUGCGAGGUCACAGCAAAGACGACGCGAAGGAGGACGAGUGUCACAGGAAAGACGAGAGCUUCUCCAUGGACAGUGAUUUAGAUUACAGCUCCGACGACAACGGGCCCGGGAACGCGAUGUGUCCGAAGGAAGACGGAGACGGCAACGGAGGACUGGACGACGGCGUCCACGGUGGGAAUGGGGCGGGAAACACCACGUCCACCGGGAAAAAUCGGAGAAGGAGGACGGCUUUUACGAGCGAGCAGCUCUUAGAACUGGAAAAGGAGUUUCACUGUAAGAAAUACCUAUCCCUCACAGAACGCUCACAGAUCGCCCAUGCCUUAAAGCUCAGCGAGGUGCAAGUCAAGAUCUGGUUUCAGAACCGGAGAGCCAAGUGGAAACGUGUCAAAGCGGGAAACGUGAACUCCAAAACCGGAGAGCCAUCCAGAAACCCGAAAAUUGUGGUGCCCAUUCCGGUGCAUGUUAGUCGGUUUGCAAUACGCAGCCAACACCAACAGUUAGAACAGGCCAGACCUUGAUACACAAGACAAUUCGGAGAAAUCUAAAUAUAACCAAACUGUUCCCGAGGAACCCAGGACACGCAGCCUAUAUAUAUAUAUAUAUAUAUAGUUUUCGUUUAAACUACAGAGUUGUGCAAACGGGUGGAAAGAAAGGAACAGACUCAUUUUGAACGAAAAGGUUCAAACUAAGACCACCUAUAUACUGGGAGAGAGAAACUGCUGUUUUAUUUCCAACUUUGGACCAAAUCACGAACAAAUUUUAGUUCUUGAAUUUCCACUAUGUAUUUAAAAACUUAAUCAGUUUUUUGUUUAGUUUUGUGUGACUGUAUAGUUCACGUGUUUUUUGCAGAGAUGAAUAUUAUCCUAAAAGGAGCACUUCUGGUCUCUGCUGAAGAACACAAUAUAAUUCAAUUAAUAGUAAAAUUAACACCAUUCCCUCGAAUUUAUAAAACAACCUGUUUAAAUAUGUGCUUUUUAUUUUUUAUGGUAAAUAGCCUUUAUUUAAUUUUGUUUUUCUUGCAUUCAUUUCCCUUUUUCUGUAACCGUUUCAGACGUCACGGGCACGUUGCUAAUUUAUUUAAUAUUGUGAGAAGAAAAAAAAACUUGCUAACGUUUCAUGAGUUUACUGACUUCAGAAUAUUGUGUGGAUUAAAGCUGGACCAUAAAUAAUUGUUUUAAACAAAAAAAAAAAUUGUCCUUUCUUAUUUUUUACAUGCAACACGUAGGCUAAGUCACUCACUGAAGUGCGCGUGAGGGGGAAAUAACCUAAACUACAUCAUCAAUUCAAAUACAUUGAGUGGGCUAAACUUGUUUCUUUGCAUUAUUUUUGCUAAUUUUGUCUGUAUAUAUAUAUUUUUCUUUAUAAUUUGUAGCAAUAGUUUAAACAUAAAUUAAUAAUAAUUACUGCUAAUAAUGGUAUUUUAUUGCACCUGCAGAACUGCUUCCGCUUGCGCCAUCUGUUCCGCGCGGUCUCUGCUCUGUUAGUACAGAUGCUCUGAAAUCAUCGAACCUCUUCAGGUUUGAGUCGGGUGU